ACCAAGGUAGCAGUCGCACCCAAGGUUCAAUAUUUUAUCAAGUUGUCAACCGACUAUUGGGCACAGCAGGACUUUGACUGCAGUCCAAAAUGGCGUUAACCGAGUGUUUCUUACACGUUUAAUGAAAUACGCAAUUAACGUGUAUGAAACGUAUCACAAGGAGCCGACGGUUCUCGUCAUCAGCGUCGGCAGGCCAGUACCGCAAAACAGAAGGAGAUACUGGUGGAUGACCAAAGAAGGUCAUCAUUAUUGGGUUUUGAAAGACACCACGCUUCUUCAUGACAAAAGAGACGCUGGCAAAUUAUCUGGAGGAAGACGCGUUGCCGCCGCUCGCAGGAGCCGGCCAUUUUUUCACAUCGCAGAGACGGCGCCUCUUAGCGAUGGGGAAACCAUUAGGCUCCUGUGCCAAACUGCCAAAGAAGAACUGGAAAAAAAAGAACCCGCCGAACAGGAUACAUUUCUUCCUUUCGUUACGUUCGCAUAUAAUGGCCCCUCAGUCAUCGAAGAAAUCAAGACUGAAGCCUAUAAGCUGCAUGUGAUUUCGACAAUAUGCAGGCAAACCGAAAAGCAAUUCGAAAAAUAUCAAGUACCCUGCAGAAAGUCCACCAUUGAACCUUUCCUGGGUGAAUCGCUUCUGUCACCAGUGGUGGCCAUUGCGUAUGUGUUCAUGCAGCAACGUGUGUUUCUUCGAACACAAGGCUCACCUGCACGUGCCGGACAAUCAAACCAUAAUAACCGGAACGAAGGCGUGGAGCUACAACACGGUUUACGGUGACAAUUUGCGGCAUUCCCUUUGUCCGCAUUGUCAUGUGGGUGAACGUCGACAACAGCCGAAGCCAACCGGUUGUUCUUGAAGC